GUUCUGUCUCGUUACGGUGUAUCCCGCCACAGUGGGUGUUGGGUGGUGCCUGUAUCUCCUUCAGCAUAUUUCUGUGCAGCAUGUCGACAGCAAAGAGCUAUACUACUGUCCGCUGUGCGCAAUUGUUCACGCAGAACUCAGGCGUUUACAACAGCUUCUGGUACACAAGCCGGGAGAUUGCCACCAGAGGAGGUUACGCAGCUUUGAUUUUCUCAACUGCGACCCUGUCAGGCGCGUUCAGCGGCUUGAUACCGUACGCGAGUAGGGAGAAUUUAGCUCACAGUAGCCGCUCGCCGCGGUCGUGGCUUUUUCUGAUUGAGGGAGCUAUGGCCACUUUAGUGGGAGUUGUUGUGACAAUCCUUCUGGCCCCAUUUCCCGACAGAAUGAAGAAUGGGAAACAUUGGCUUUUCACCAAGGACGAGAUCAUUUUGGUAUUGGAGAGAACGUCUAGUACGUGA